UUUUUUUUCUCUCUAAGAACAUUUUAAGAUAAUUAGGUCUGGUUGAGAAACAGAAAAUGGCGACGAAGAAGUUGGUGAAAGCGAGAGCAUUGGCAACAGUAAAACCUUCUUCUUCUUCUUCAGCGAUCCCCAACCUCCCUCUACCAUCUCCACCCUCAGACACACCCGUGUCCCAAGUUCACUACGCCCGCUUCCUGGACUUCUUGAAGGCCCAUUGGGCCCCGCCGUUCACCCCCGACACUCUCCUCCACUUCCUGAAAUCGAAGCUCCACCACCACCCUUCCUUCUCUCAAUUCGACUUCCACCUCUUCACCUGGGCCUCCUCCCUCGACUCAUUCCGCCACACCCACGCCACCUUCCACUGGAUGGCCCGCACCCUCGCCGCCACCCACCGCCUCCCCCAGCUCCGCACCCUCCUCCACGUCAUCGCCACCCACCCCUGCCCCUGCUCUCCCUCCAUCUUCUCCUGCCCCCACACCCAACCCAUCUUCUCCCACGCCAUCCACGCCUUCUCCAAAUCCUCCCAACUCCACCACGCCCUCUCCGCAUUCCACUCCAUGACCAAACUCAUCGACUCCAAGCCAGACGUCGCCGUUUUCAACGUCCUCAUCCACGCCUUCGUCAAACGCGGUAACCUAACCCAAGCCCUCCAGUUUUACCGCGACAUGGUGGUUACCCACCGCGUCAAGCCUGACGUUUUCACCUUCAACAUUUUGAUCAGUGGUCACUGUCGGAACUCGCAGUUCGCGUUGGCGUUGGACGUGUUUCACGAGAUGGGGAAAAUGGGGUGUGAGCCCAAUGUGGUUACUUUCAAUACCUUGAUUAGGGGGAUGUUUAGAGAGGGGAGGGUUGAGGAUGCCAUUGAGAUGGCUCGCGAGAUGGUUCAAUUAGGGUGUGAGCUUUCUUGUGUUACAUGUGAAAUUUUGGUUCAAGGGCUUUGUAAGGAAGGGGUUUUGCAGGCGUGUGAGUUGUUGCUGGGGUUUUCUGAAAAGAGGGUUUUGCCCAAGGGGUUUGAUUGUUUUGCUUUGGUGGAGGUUUUGUGUGGGCAAGGGUGUGCUGUGAGAGCGUUGGAAGUUGUUUAUGAGUUGUGGAAUGGGGAGAGUGUUCCGAGUUUGGUUGCUUGCAUUGCUGUGGUUGAUGGGUUGAGGGUGUUGGGGAAGAUCGAUGAGGUGAAGAGAUUGGUGGAAAGGAUGCUUGAUGAGGGUAUGGUGCUGGAUGUUGUGACUUUCAAUGGUGUUCUUCGAGAUAUUUGCUAUGCACGGAGAACCGAUGAGGCAAAUAGAUUGAUGUUACUUGCUUUGAGCAAGGGUUUGGAACCUGAUGACAUGACUUAUAGGACUUUGGUUAUAGGGUAUUCGGAGGAGGGAAGGAGGGAGAAAGGAGAGUUUCUGGUGAAUGAAAUGUUGGAUAGGGGUUUUAUACCUGAUCUUGCUUCAUAUAAUAAGUUGAUGAGUGGAUUGUCUAAUUGUAGACGCUCUACAUGUCGUCAAGUAAACAAAUUUGAUCGCUGAUGAUGCAAAUAUUUAAGAAUUAACUUGGAUUUCAAUUGACACUGUUGAUGGGCCAAGGUGAUUGUGAACUGAACUGGUAAGGGAAUUGGAAACAGGUGUGGAGGAUUGAAACGAUGAAACUCCUUGCCUCAUAACUGUAACCUCUUGAUGGGAGGAAUUUGGAUUCUCUGCAAAAUAAGGAUAAAUUGGAGUACCAAAAAAUCAAUAGAAAGUCUGAAUAUAUGUAGUUAUAUGUAAUUGGUGCUGUACUACUGUCCCAUUUUUAAGAUCAGGACAGAUGCCUUUGGAACUGUGCUAAAGUUACUUGAUUAAAUACCAGAAGUGGUAUCAUUUGAUCUAUUCACCAUCGAUCGUUUCUCAAUGGACUGUUGUUUAAGUUAUGAACUCAAGACCAAGCUGGAAGCAGUGUUGUCGAGUACUUGAACUAUUGCAGUACCUUUGUUGAAGCCAAAGAAUCGACAGGGCGGACGUACAGGAUGAAAGAAAAAAGAAAGUAUAUGCAGCUUGUAUGGUGAUAGUAGUUUAUUAGGGAAACUGGGAGAUAUCCCACAGUUUUGGCCAAUUUUUAAGCCGGAGUUUGCUUUAUAGUGUUUUAUUUUUAUUUCCAGAAACAUAUCAUCCCAAAAACGACAUACCAGGAUGAAUGGCUAAAUAUACACCACGUUGUGUUUUAAUGGUUUAUAUUUUUAUUAUCAGAAACAGAGAAGCAUUUGAUAAAGCAAAUAAUUUUA